CGCGUCAUCGCCGGAGUUUCGCCCGAGGAUUCCGAUGAAAUCCCUCUCCAUCGCUGGAUCGGGUUGCAAAAUAAACCUAGUCGACGCAAACCUUUCCUUAUCUCAACCUCUCCUCCUCGCGACGCUACCGAAUCCUACGAAAAGCUUCGAAACUGUCAAUUUCCUUUCUUUUUAUUUUCUAUUUGUUGGUUACCGGGUGACGCCGGUUGAAGCCCGCGUGCGCGCAAAGGAAAGAACAAAGCCGGUAUCGACGCGAAAUGACGACACGUGCUCUCAAGGAUUAUCGGCGUCGGUCGGCUUGAGCCGAUCAAUCGGCUUCAGUUUAGGCGCCAGUCUGCCAGCCGGCCCGAUUAGAAAAUUCCAUGCGUCAUGGCUUUAUUUGGGCUUCCUUUGUUUGGCCCCGAAUCUGGGGACCUGGCGACCUGUCCUAUUUAGUUCGCUCGUCUUUGGGCUUCGAUUUCUGUUGACGGAAGAGAUGGGAAAAAAGCGAGAAAAGGUUUUGAUGCUGCCUCGGAGCGAUCCGAAGAGGCGUCAGCUCGAAGGAGGCAUUGCAGGAAGGAAUUGUAUUCCUCGCCAUCUUUCAAACGAGAGAUCUCAUGAUUUCUGAGAUGACCCUCCACCGCGUCGACCUGUGCCUGUACAUCCAUCUGAGGAAGAACUAGCAUUGAGGCAUGAUGAAAUCCAUAGGCUUCAUGCUGACAAUCAGCUGCUGAUAGAUGGAAGUGUUAAUCUCAGGAGAAGGUAACUUUCGCCAAAGAUGAACUCCAUCAACUUAGUCAGGCUAUAUCCAAACUCUGGGCUGAUAAAGAACUUGAGGCGAUGGAGCUGAUCUAGAGAUAUCUUAAAUUGGAAGCUGAUUUUCAUGUUGUUGAGCCCCUCGGGGAAGAAGUCAUGCAAUUAAAAUCUGAAGCACAGAAGUUGAGCAGAUCGCGACAAGAGUUAUCUGGAAAGGUUCAAGCUUUGCAACAGGAUCUGAAACAUUUGCAGUUGUAGAAUGAACAAAUACCAACAUUACGAUCUGACAUUGAUGGAUUUAGACAGGAAUUGGUUAGAGCCAGGUCUGCAGUUUCCCUAUAAUUUUUUCACUGCCAUUUCUUUACCUUUCUUGAUGAUCAAAAUAUGAAUACCUAAAUAGGUAAUAUGAGAAGUGUAGAAAAUAAUCAAAUCUUUCCUUUUCGGAGAGUCAAUCAAAUCAUGGGUGAAAAAGGAUAUAAUCAAUUAGAUUUAUUUGAUUGAGAAUAA